AUGACUAAAUUCGUCGUUGUUGGAUCAGGUAUAGUUGGUUUAUACACCACGUAUAGCUUACUUGAUAAAAACGUCCCUGCCCGUGAUGUCACUAUAAUUGCUCAGCAUUUUCCCGGCGACGAGUCAAUCGACUAUACGUCACCAUUUGCAGGGGGAAAUUUUUCUUGUAUUACGGGAGAUGAUAUCCAAACUCUCAAGUUUGACAAGUUUUCUUAUCUUAACUUGCACAAAAUUCAAGAGAAAUUAGGUGGCCCACAAUGUGGGUUGGACAACUGUUAUUCGACUGAGUAUUUCGAGAAGAGACCCUCAGAGCAGAAGCUUCGGUCUUUAAGAUCUUACCUUAAGGAAUAUCGUGAGAUCAAUGAGGCAGCUUUACCACAAGGUGCUGUAUUUGGAAUUCACUUCAAAACUUGGAAUUUCAAUUCACCGAAGUUCUUAUCAAGUUUAUUUAACUAUUUAAGAGAGAAAGGAGUGACCGUUAAACAGCACAAGCUUCUGAACAUUUCCGAGGCUUUCUUUCCAGAUACUAGGAUAGCUUUCAACUGUACUGGACUUGGAGCAAGGUCACUUGGGGGCGUUGAAGACCCCUCAGUAUAUCCAUUAAGGGGACAAGUUUUAGUCAUCAAAGCUCCAUACAUAAAUGAAAACGUUCUUUUUUGGGGGUCGGAUUAUGCAACAUAUGCAAUCAAAAGACCAUUCUCGAAUGAUCAAUUAGUCUUGGGAGGUUUUAUGCAAAAGAAUAAUUGGACGGCUGAUACGUUCAAGUCUGAGAAUGAUGACAUCUUGGCUAGAACAACUAAAAUUUUUCCCGAAAUUCUAACUUCAAAUCCUCGUGGUAAUAAUCUAGAAGAUUUAGAAAUUGUUAGAUCUGUAGCUGGAUUGAGACCGAGCCGCCAUGGAAAUGUUAGAAUUCAAAAGGUAAAAGUUGACGACAAGAAGUUCUUGGUACAUAACUAUGGAGCUAGUGGAUAUGGGUUUCAAUCUGGAUUGGGAAUGGCCGAAGAAGCUGUCAAUUUGGUACUUGAAGCAUCACCGAAGCUUUGA